AUGUCGCUCAACGGUACUCCGCCGUCCUCGACGUCUUCUUCGUUUCUAGUCCUCCCCACUAUUCUGUGCCACCUUUUCGACGGUCAGUUCAGAAUACAACUUAUUUUUCCUUGUUUUUCAUGCGGAUGUCCAUUGCGAUUUUUGUCAAAAUUCCGGCCGGUCCAUCAUUUUUUGUUGUGUGCUCUUCGAAAAAGACUGAGACGUCGAAUCGCGUCGGGGCGGGCCGCUAAACGAUGAUGAAUGAUUCAAGACGAUGUCUUUUGAGAAUAAUAAGAAAACGGAAAAAAGAGAACGAUACCUGUGGGAAGAGGGUGCACACAAAAACACAAGUGAACAUUCAGCUAUAAGAGUUCGAUCGAUAGAGAGAAUCUAGCACAACUUUAUGAAAAGAAUAGAUUAUUUUUCAGCAUGCUCUCGCGGAGCCCCUCCGACAAUCCAGCAGCCUUCAAUGUCGAGCGCAGUGGCUCUUCUGGGUCAAGACGUCGACUUUACUUGCAUCGUGAACGACCUCGGCAGUCAUAUGGUUCGUCUUCGUGUUUCUCUUCCCUCCCACUGCUCAUCUUGUCCAUCUUCUUCUCACGAAAACCGAUCCAUUAUAGGUAGCAUUUGUCAAAGCGGACUCGCCACCGCGACUGCUCUCUUUCGACGAAAAAGUGUUUCGGCGACGCGACAAAUACGAAUUGAAGCCGCGCGUGGGUGAUCUGCACAACGAGUGGGUGCUGACGAUCAAAAACGUGCAGGAAUCGGACCGCGGCAACUACUCGUGUCAGAUCAACACGGAGCCAGUGACAAUUUCGAGCGGCGAGCUCGACGUUAAAGGUUCGCGACGCUUUACUUUUACUCAUUCCACUUUACUCUUCAUUCUCUUUACGAAAUCCUUAAUCCUCUGCCUUUCCCAACACGAGAUAAAGUGCGAAGAAGCGGCAGAGAGUGAAAAUAGAUUUGUAUGCAAAUUAGAAUGUCGUGGAGGAGAAGAAGAAAAAGAAGACGCCGAGGCGUUUCUUUUUUGCUCGCGCGGAUCAGAAGACGGGAACGCCUGUUUAAUUAUUAGUCUUUCGGACCCAACAACCUGACAAACGGAAGUCAUGGGCGACGGUAAUUAAAGGGUGACAAGAGACGGAAAAGCUGAGAGUACAAUGGACGACCGAACGGACGGAACCACCUCAAUACGUUAAUGUUUCCGAAACGUGGUAAUUAUGGGAAGUUUUCUUUGUGCUUCGGACCAAAAUGUUUCGAAUUUCCAUUAAGCGACCUAAUUUCUUAAUGUUGCGAAAUGGCUGGGAAUCCUGACCCUUUCGGCUAUUUUGUUCGACGCGGAAAUAUGAAAUUUGGCCGGAAGCCGAGGGGAAAACUCAAAACCAACGGAGAAAUUUGAUAUUUUCCAAUGAAACAAGGAUUCGAAUCGGCUGACAUCAGAAUCUCUUUUUGCAGUUCCCCCAGUGGUCUCGAGAAGUACGCCGGCUGCGGUGGAGGUUCGCGAAGGGAACAACGUGAGUCUGACGUGCAAAGCUGACGGAAACCCGAUCCCGACGGUCAUCUGGAGACGUCAGGAUCGUCAAAUAAUCCGCUACAACGGCGCCACCGGCUUCGGAGGUUCGUUGCUCUGCUUUACUUUGCACUCUUGUCAUCCGAUGCCCCUCUUCCCACCGCAACUCUACAAAUCUUUCCGCCUUGUCCAUGUUUGCGAUGAUCACCUCUCUGCAACUUUUUGGGGGUCAUAGGCGGAAGCGAAACCGCUUCUUUUUCCGUUUUCAAUUGUCCGAACCAUAAUCAAAUCUUGUGCGCGCCGCUUGAUUAGUCUCUCGGGCGGCGAGUAAUUAGGCGGAGAAGACAAUUAUAAGUGCCGAAAAGGGACAAAAAGAGAAAGAGAAGCGGCAACGUAUUCUCCUCCGCCCGUGCUCCUUUUGAUGUGGCAGCAUCUGGAGUCAAGAUGGCGACAGCUGAAGCCCAUACCUGUUUGCACACGCAUUACGCAAUCUGGCUAAUUGACACGACGCCAGCGGGUUUAUUACAUCCGCGCUCCACUGCACACAGAAGAAAAAGCUCAAGAAGUGUCGUGCCACGUGGAAAUCCAUUCAUGAAGAGUCAGAGUGGCAACGAGUGACAAACAAGUGCUAAGCUCUACAUUAAGCAAAUUAUUAUUAUGAGAGCGUGGUCCUCACGAACAUCUAAUUACCCUUCGCAUAGUUAUUCUGACUUCUUCUCUCUCGUUUCCCAUACCAUAUGCUCAAUCCCAUUACCCGAGUACUCCCGGAACGAGAAAGAGGGGGUCCGUCAUCUUUUAUCCACUCAAUUAGCGCACUCUCUCGCUCUCUCUCUUGUGAGCGCGCCUAUUUGAUUCUUUUGGCAGAUAGAAAAGAAUGAGCACAUUGAGGAGAAUAUGGAAAAAAACGACAGACCCGGGGAGCCUGGGAUGAAAACGUCCAUCCAAAACUAUAUAAUUUCAGCGAGUGUGUUCCACGGACCCGUGCUCCACCUCACAAAAGUGUCGAGAAAGCACAUGAGCGAGUACGUGUGCGUGGCGAGCAACGGAAUCCCGCCGGACGAGUCGUGGACUGUCAAACUUCUCGUCACAUGUAAGUGCCUGACUCAACCCGCCCGGAUAAAUUCGGAAUUCGGUGUCUUCUUCUUUCGUAACAACUUGUUUAUUUCUAUGUCCCUCUCGUCUCUUUUCCGCUUCCUCUUUUUUUCCAAUUUUCACCGAGCACACACUCAUCAUUUUAUCGAGUCCACCCGCAAAAAGAGAAGUAGUAGAAGAAGGAGAAGAAAGUGUUUGUCGUCCAAAUUUUAUUCAUGAAAUUCAAAUUGACGACGAUUUUGUCGGCGAAAAGAAGAAGAAUUUAGAAGUGAAACUGGGCGAAGAGGGAUUCAUGAGUCGUUUUCAGUCCCUCCGCUGGUGCAGGCCCAAUCGGAGACCGUGCAGGCGAGCGUCGGCUCGAUAGCCCGAAUGGUUUGCACGACGGAAGCGUGGCCGAGGCCCGAGAUGGGCUGGGAAAAGGACGGCGAGCCGCUCUACGAGAACAACAAUGUGGCCAUGGUGCGUUUUUUGUGGAAAUGAGCAGCCAAUGAGCAUCUUUGUUUCUUUGCAGACGCACACAGUCUCCGGCCAGUAUCACAGCGUCCACAUUCUCGAAAUGCGAAACGUGCAGCCGUCGAAUUUCGGCGUUUACCGAUGCGUUGCGAAGAAUGACAACGGCAUCCAUCACUCGCAAGUCACUCUUUCUCGUGAGCCAAUUAACUCUCAAUUGCCCUAAUGAAUCAUUUCUGUUGCAGAAAUCUCCCACGACCAUUUCACGCACACCAACAUUAUUCCCGAAGGUUGUUUUCGCCGUUCUCAAAUUUGUCACUGUUUGAAUGUUGUCACAGUAAUCACUUUUCGCUUUUCUUUUCAUGUCCGAAUGCGUUUUCUCUUCUCACGUGGACUGUUUUCUGUCGCACUUUCACCGUUUCAGGAUCCGGAACGUCUUCUGGAUACUCGGAAGAUGACGAGGGCGGCGAAGUGGAAAACGAACAUAACGACGGAGAAGUCAAUGGUCUCUACUUUCUUAUUCAGUUUUUGAAUGUUUUUCUUUCACUUCUGCAUUAAGCAUUCACUGCCUGUUUUUUGCGCUCCGUCGAGAUUUUUCAAUGGAGCGCACUGUCCGUUUCCGAAAUGUUGUGUACUUUCAGACGCGGUGUCCGCUCCAUCGCAACUCGAGUUCUACUCGCAAGCACGACGGCACGAAUCCCGGAAUGCUCCGACCACACACUCAGGCAUGCCACGUCACUUUAUAUUCAAAGUCCGCUUUUGGAUGAGCGAAAACAGACAUCAGAAUCGGCGGAAUUCGUUAAUUUUUAGCGCCCACCCCGACCCGUGGGAACUGGCCAUUUGAGGGCGGAAAACUAAUGGACAGACUAGAAAAUAGGAGGGAAAAUAUGUAUUUUUUUUGAAAAAUUGAAUUUCAGAACUUCGCGCCAUUCAAGUGGAUUCGGCCGAUGCGCCGUCCCUCCUGCUCACCUUCGUUCUCAUUGUUUUCUACGGGUUCUAA